AUGAAAGGAUUUGUAGGUGGUGUGCCUGUGGCCUUGCUUGCCGCAGCGGCUUUGGCGCAGGCUCAGGAGGGCAUCCGAGGACCUGCUCAGGUGAACGGGGCGAGCAACGUCCGCCGCCAUCAUAUGGAUUAUGUGCCCAACGGCGAUACGGUGAUCGGAGGCCCGGGCGGAAGCGACUCGGGCAACAGUGCCGGCAUUGACUUUGAGUCGGAGUUUUCUUCCGAAGUCAACGACGCGCAGGCUGAUGAUCAUGGGGUGGACGUCAACAAGGCGACCGACUACCACCCACAUCCCGUCCACAACGAGGUUGUGGAAGGCUUCGCGGAUCCCUUCCCCGAGCCUUUGCUGGCGCCCCUACCCGUCCCAAUCAAGAAACGCCAGUACGGCAAUACGGCUAUUGGGGGCACAUCGGGAUCAGACGUUGGCAAUGCCGCCGACCUGAGUUUGGAGAGCGAGUUCAACUCCGAAGUGAACGAUGGGAUAAUCCCGAUCCAUUAUCGACGCCGUGCGAAGCGCCAGGGCAAUUCCGCCAUCGGGGGCCCUGGGGGGUCUGAUAGUGGCAACAGUGCCGAUUACGAUUCCGAAAAUGAGUUCGAGUCUGAGGUCAAGGAUUUCGCCGAGGACGACCACCAUGUUGACUACGAUGAAUUAAACAACAUUCACCCUCACCCGGUCAAGAACCAUAUCACCUAUCCGGUCCGUGAGCCCUAUGGGGUGCCGGUCUUCGUGAAGCGCCAGGGCAAUUCUGUGAUCGGUGGCCCGGGAGGAUCAGACAGUGGUAAUGAUGCGGACUAUGAGUCAGAACAGGAGGUUGAGUCAGAGGUCAAUGACAGUUAUGCUGAUGAUCAUCACAUUGACUACGACGAGCUGAAUGAUAUUCACCCGCAUCCGGUUCACAACGACGUUAAUUCUUAUCCUGUUCCCGAGCCUUACCCCGAACCUGUCCCUAAUUUCAAUUCGGGGUUUAUCGUGAAGCGCCAGGGUAACUCGGUCAUCGGUGGCCCGGGAGGAUCGGACAGCGGUAAUGAUGCGGGCUAUGAGUCUGAAAACGAGUUCGAGUCCAAGGUCAACGAUGCUUACAAGGACGACCAUCAUGUUGACUACGAUGAGGUGAAUGAUAUCCAUCCUCAUCCGGUUCACAACGACGUCAAUUCUUAUCCCGUUCCCGAGCCUUACCCCGAACCUGUGCCUAAUUUCAAUCCGGGGUUUAUCGUGAAGCGCCAGGGUAACUCGGUCAUCGGUGGCCCGGGAGGAUCGGACAGCGGUAAUGAUGCGGGCUAUGAGUCUGAAAACGAGUUCGAGUCCAAGGUCAACGAUGCUUACAAGGACGACCAUCAUGUUGACUACGAUGAGGUGAAUGAUAUCCAUCCUCAUCCGGUUCACAACGACGUCAACUCUUAUCCCGUUCCCGAGCCCUUCGGUGAGUCCUUGUUUGUGAAGCGCAAGGACGACACUGAUUUCGACUUUGACUCCGACUCCGACUCCGACUCGAAUGAGAGACACCAUACCGCCCCUUUCAAGGGGGGAAAUACCGUCAUCGGUGGUCCUAGCGGAUCUGAUACGGGCAAUGAUGCUGCCUUUAACUUCGAGAAUUCCUUUGAUUCGAAAGUCAAUGACGCCUUUCACGACGAUCAUCACUUUGACUAUGAUGAGGCAAACGAUAUCCACCCCCACCCGGUUCACAACGACUUCGAAUCUCACCCCGUCCAUGAACCGUUCCCCGUGCCCCUCUACGACCCGCUGAUUGUGAAGCGACAGGGUAAUUCUGCCAUCGGUAGCCCCGGCGGAUCGGACAGUGGGAACGAUGUCGAUUAUUCGAGCGAACAUGAGCUCGAAUCUGAGGUUCAUGACGCCCACAAGGACGACCACCACAUUGACGCUUCUGUUUUGAACGACAUCGGAGGUGGUGGAGUGUACAGUCACCAGACUGUCCCGCACCACGUGCCGGGGCCUGUGCCUGCCCCCUACGAUGGUCCUGCCCCCUACGAUGGUCCUGCCCCCUACGAUGGUCCUGCCCCCUACGACGGUCCUGCCCCCUACGACGGUCCUGCCCCCUACGACGGUCCUGCCCCCUACGAUGGUCCUGCCCCCUACGACGGUCCUGCCCCCUACGAUGGUCCUGCAUCCUUUGAGUUUCCUGGCCCGGAGUUAUUCGAGGGACCCCAGCGUCCGGCUGCCGCCCACGACCCUCAGGUUCCGGCGGCUGUCCCCGGCCCUGCAAUGGAGGAAAGUGCCCACGCCCCCCGGAGCGAUGCUAGUGUCCAUGGGCCUGCGAGCGGGAAUGUCCCACCGUGCAGCACGGUCGUCCACGAGGUUGUGCACACUGUCACUCAGACCCUUCCCUCGCAACCGACGGUGGCUCACAUGGGCAUGUCCUCGGCUGUUCCCAUGGCUCCCUUCGUCCACCACGCGCCCGCUAGCAGUGGCGGUGCGGCCUUGGGCGCAAUCAAAGACCUCCCUGGAUCGCAGUACGUCGCUCCGCCUAGCUCGUCCGCCGCGGCGCACAUGUACGCCGUGCCAACCGGUGCGAUGCCCAACGCUGCAACGCACGCUGCGCAGUACCCUGCAUCCACUGUGACCAUUUACAAGACCGGGUCCUCGGUGGCACACAUGCACGCCAUGCCCACCGGUGCCGUCUCUGGUGUCGCCAUGAAUGCCGCGCAAUAUCCUGCAUCGACGGCGACUCUCCAUCGCACCCCGUCCUCGGUCGCCCACAUGAUGAACGCUGUCCCGAUUGCCGCCACUCACCCUGCGCAACAGCCUUCGUCUACCCUCACCCUCCAAAAGACCUCGUCCUCGGCACAUAUGCACGCCAUGCCAACGGGAGCCCUGCCGAUUGGUGCCACGCACCCUGCCCAGCAGCCCGCGUCCACUCUCACUGUUCAGGCCGCUUCGACAUUCGUCGCGAUCCCCGUGUACGUCCCGGGUGCGUCCAGUGUCGCCAGUCCGAGCGGAGCGACGCCUGUCGGCUCCUCCCACAGCAGCGCGGCCAAGGCGUCGCAGUCUGCCCCGGCCUCGUCGACGCCCGCGAAGCACCACGGUAUGAUGUUCACCGGUGGUGCGGCCGCAUUUUCGCCCAACACUGCCCUGGUCUCUGCCUUUUGCGGAGCCGUGGCAUUGCUGGCUUAUGCUCUGUAA